GCCGAAGAAGACACAGGGCUUCUGGCGACACUGCACAGCGGCAUCGCGGACGUUCGAUGGGCAGUCUUAAAUCUGCCAGAGCUACUUUCUGAACUCUUCUCAUCCUGGAAUUGCUCAAUGCUAAAAACAGUCAAGGGAAUAUUAAAGAAUCUGCAAGCACAAUGGAUGGCUUUUAUGAUCAGCAGGUCCCUUUCAUGGUGCCUGGGAAACCGUGCACAGAUGAAUGUCGAGGGAGGUCAGUGAAUGACAGAAAAAGGAAGUUUCAAGACACUGACUUGGCUCAUGAUUCUGAAGAAUUGUUUCAGGAUCUCAGCCAGCUGCAAGAGGCUUGGUUAGCUGAAGCCCAAGUUCCCGAUGAUGAACAGUUUGUCCCAGAUUUCCAAUCUGAUAAUUUGGUACUUCAUGCACCACCCCCGGCUAAGAUCAAGAGAGAACUCCACAGCCCUUCUUCUGAGCUGUCAACCUGUAGCCACGAACAGGUGCUCUGUGCUAAUUAUGGAGAAAAGUGCCUCUACAACUAUUGUGCCUAUGAUAGGAAGCCCCCUACUGGGUUCAAGCCAUUAACUCCGCCUACCACCCCAGCGUCACCUGCACUCCAGAGCACCUCCCUCCCACCCCCACCUCUGCCAGCCACACCUGUGCAGACCCCUGCCCAUGUCGCCACCACGGGCCCUUUGCAGGGACCGCCCCCUCCCCCAGCCCCUCAUGCUCUUCAGGAACCGAGGCAGCAGACCUUUGCUGUACCUCGGCUACCUCAUCAACCCAUUCAGAUGCCAAAGAUGAUGCCUGAAAACCAGUAUCCAACAGAACACAGGUUUCAGAGACAGAUGUCUGAACCUUGCCACCCAUAUCCUCAGCCAGGGCUUUCUGGGGACAAUCGUCCUGUCUACCACAGGCAAAUGUCAGAGCCUAUUGUCCCUGCUGCUGCCCAUCCUCCUCAGGGAUUCAAGCAGGAGUACCACGACCCACUCUAUGAUCAUGGGGUCCCAGGCAUUCCAGGCCCCCCAACGCAUGGAUUCCAGUCUCCCAUGGGGAUCAAGCAAGAGCCCAGGGACUACUGCAUCGAUUCAGAAGUGCCUAAUUGCCAGUCGGCAUAUGUGAGAGGAGGAGGCUACUACCCCAACAGCCAUGAUGGGUUUUCCUAUGAGAAAGAUGCCCAAUUGUAUUUCGAUGACACCUGUGUUGUACCAGAGAGGAUGGAAGGGAAAGUGAAGCAAGAACCCACGGUAUAUCGUGAAGGGCCUCCUUACCAGAGACGAGGGUCACUCCAGCUGUGGCAGUUCCUAGUCACACUCCUUGAUGAUCCAGCCAAUGCCCACUUCAUUGCUUGGACUGGCAGGGGAAUGGAAUUCAAGCUGAUCGAGCCAGAAGAGGUAGCCCGUCGUUGGGGAAUCCAGAAGAAUCGGCCGGCUAUGAACUAUGACAAGCUCAGUCGUUCUCUUCGCUACUACUAUGAAAAGGGCAUCAUGCAAAAGGUGGCUGGAGAGCGGUACGUCUACAAAUUUGUUUGUGACCCCGAUGCCCUCUUCUCCAUGGCCUUCCCUGACAACCAGCGCCCAUUCUUAAAAGCGGAACCGGACUGCCAUGUGAAUGAAGAUGACACCUUACCUCUGACACACUUUGAAGAUAACUCUGCAUACCUCCUGGACCCGGAGCACUGCAGCAACCUCCCCUAUGCCGAGGGCUUCGCUUACUGACUUGCUCAGCAGAUGAAUGCUGACGUUAGAGACUCCAGUUCCAACCAAUAAGGGCAAAUGGUUUUUGUAAAGAAUUUCUGCUGUUCAUUUUUUUUAAAAAAAAAAGCAAACUGCUCUUUGCAAAUAUUUUCAGAAGAGCCUAAUACGUCGUGGCCCUCCAACCUGAAGACAACACAAUAGCAUGGCUAGUGAGUACAACCUCCAGUUGCCGAUCACUUCAGCUGCAAUGGUGAAGAGUGACUGGGGGAAGAGGGAGGAUGUUCCAGUGAGGACGUUGUUUUCUGGGCUCUGUGGCUAGGGACAUCCGUGACAUCCGUGUUCACAGGACUUGAAUAGACAGUGCGUGAUUAGCAAAUUGUCAAGAAAAAAUGCUACGUAACAAUCACAAUCCUUGUAUCUACCUUGUAUAAUGGAAAGGGCUUUUGAUUUGCAGUGGGAAAAAGGAUCCGGCGCAGUGUAAGCCCUUCUGGAAUGGGUCAUGGCUUAGUGUGGUGCUUCUGGCAUGGCGGAAUUAGCUCGGCCCCCUCUGGGUUCUCAGUGCACAGCUCUUCGAUCUGAAGAAGACUUUUCUUCUGAUUUUUUUUUUGGGGGGGGGAGGGGUUAAUUUGAUUUUUUGUUCAUGUUUUGGCCUGUAGUAAGCAACUCAUGCUAAAGCACGGCACUUAAAGCAGCAGAUCCCUAUGGGCCUAGCAGGCCAUUGGCCACCCGCUCUGUUAUACGGCUGUGCAUGGAUGGCUUGUUGCUAUUAAUGGGGGAAACAGGGGAGGGGGCUUGGCCAAAACUCUUUUUAUGUUGUGGGGCAACAUUUGUAACCAGAUUUUUGUAGGUCUUUUGUAUCUAAGGCAAUUCCACCUAUUGGCAAAGCUGCCGCUUUCUUGCUUCCAGCGGUGCCAACGCUAAGGGUGCUUCAGCUUGUGGCGGAGUGGGAGGGCUGAGGAGGCCCAUUCCCUGCCACCUGCGUAUCUGCUUUGUGCUUUUCUGCACUGGAUCUUGGCCAGGACACUUUGUACAGUUUGCUCUGCAUGCAGACCAUGCUCCCGUGCAGCAACAAAAGCAAGCUGCUUGGCUUUUUCUGCAACUGGGACAUAUAUAUAUAUAUAUAUAUAUAUAUAUAUAUAUAUAUAUAUAUAUAUAAUACCAGGCAGCCCCAGCCACUGAACUUCCCCAAGUGGUACAGUCCCGACUUUACAGCAGCGUAUUGCCUUCUACCUGCAGAACUACCUUUUCCCAGUCCUCCCUGAGCUUGUGAGCAAGAGAGAUGCAACAAGUGUACACAGGCAUAUUUGUAGCCUAAUUUGUAAGUUGUGUUACACUAUUUCUGAUGCUUCGUGCAAGUUGGAUAUUUUGAGAUGAUUUUUUUUUAAAGAGAAGAAAAAACAAAUAUAACUUGGGUUUGUAAAAAAUUAAAACAGGAGAAGGUCCAAGUUGUGCUGUGUGUGUGUGUGUGUGUUAUAUACACGCACGCACACACACACACAUAUAUAAAUACAUAUCUGGAUCCUUCAGAGAUUCUCCUUAUGAGCCUCACUGGCAUACACCCAUAAUGUGCGUGACCCAAAUAUCCGUAUCUUUCCCUAUGGGUUCCUAUGUUUUGUUGUAAAUGCUGUAUAGGAUUUCUUUUUUUGGCUUUGAUAACUUUGUUUGGUUUUUUGACUAACUUCACUUUUUUUUUAAGUAUGAAGAUUAACUCUUUGUAGACGACUCAGCAACUCUUCCCCAGAAUGUAUCAAGUGGCCUCUCACAAAGCACAGGGCAGCAGCUUACUCUGCUGUGCCCCACCCCCUUACCCCUAAUUAUGCCCCAGGGCUUAUCCAAACCAGUGGGGUUAGCUGUGUUUGUUUUCGUUUUAAUUUUGGUAUGGGAAGUCUAUAGUGCAGAAAGGGUUAAUCUAAGGAUUGAUGUGAAAUGACUAUUGCCUGAGCAGGGCUAUAUCAUAUAUCUCCUGCAAAAGCUGCAUUACAUUCUGUACUGUGUACAAUAAAGGAUUUUUGCUUUCUGUU